AUGCCACCAAUCCGCACUUCUCGCAACCGGAAGCCGCCGCCAGAUGGUUUCGACGACAUCGAAGACACACUUCUUGAAUUUAGCAACAAGAUGAAAGAUGCAGAAAAUGCAUCUCAUGAAGGCAAAAAGAGACAUGAAGUGUUAUGGCCGAUCUUCCAAAUUAGCCACCAACGGUCGAGAUAUAUCUACGAUUUAUACUAUGAGAAAGAGGCGAUAUCAAAGAAGUUAUAUGAGUGGUUAUUGAAAAAUAACUACGCGGACGCGAAUCUGAUUGCCAAGUGGAAGAAACAAGGAUACGAGAAGGUAAGCGUAGUCGUUUUCACCCUUUUUGCUACAUCAUAG